GGCUAAGGUUACGACAUUUUGUGUCCUCUUUGGCUCAUCAUUUCAGCUGACACUGUUGUUAACUCUAACAAUGGAAGAAUAGAAUAAAGACUUUUCCACAGGGACACUUCCCUGACUCAUCUGAUAAGACCUGGGGGGCGUGGCUACCUCUGUGCAUCAGUGGGCGUGGCCUCCACCUUCAGGUAUGAAGUCUGUGGACUGGCUCCACCCCCAGUCAGUCUUCACUGAUGGAGCUUCUCCAGGUUUGGAACAUUUUCUGCCUCUGCGCCCUGAAGGUCGUCCUGGGUGACCCCAACAGCACACACUACAACAACAGCCAUGCCCCCUCCUACCUGCUGGUGGCGCCCUCAACAGUACGUCCUGGCGUUCCUACCUCAGUGUCGGUCACUGUCCUGGGUUCUUCUUCUCUCCACGUCUCCGCUAACAUCUCUAAUGGAGGGAACGUCCUGUCGUCAGGGGUAGUUAUCGUUGAAGGAGGUUUUACUAAGAUGCUGACGCUGCCCCCGUUUGACUUCAGCCAUCAAUGGGGUAUGGAGCUGGAGGUCAAAGGUCACUCCGACAGCGGCCUAGUUUUCCACAACAGAACCGAACUGAACGUCGAUCUCAAGGGUGUCUCCACCUUCAUCCAAACUGACAAAGCCAACUAUCGCCCAGGUCAGAAGGUCAAGUUCAGGGUGGUGUCCAUUCAUCCUGACGGGAAGCCCGCCAUCGGUCCGGUCCACAUCACCGUCAGAGAUCCCAAGGAGAACCUGCUGAGACAGUGGGAGUCAGAGGACGGAGAACUGGGCGUGGUGUCCCUCGACUUCCAGCUCUCUGAGAUUCCUCCUCUGGGAAACUGGACCAUACACGCCACCGUGGACGGGGUGAAGAGCAAACAGCACUUCCAUGUGGACAACUAUGUGUUGCCGAAGUUUAAAGUUUGGAUCGACGUUCCCGACGCCAUUUACCACGAAGACGCUCUGUGGGGUUCUGUCACGGCAAAACACUCCUACGGUAUAGCCGUGGAGGGAGAGAUGUUUCUAACCUUCGUUCAUCACUUCCACGGAAUGGUGGAGACGUACACGGAACACAGAGAGAUCAAUGGGAUGACAGAUUUCAGCUUCUUGAUUCCCGAGAACUAUCCCAUGAGGAAACGAGCCGUGGAUUUCCUGAAUAAGGAGUACAUCUCUGUCUUUGUCAAUGUGACCGAACACCUCACAGGUGUGACGUACAACGACUCGGCAACAGUGUGUCUGGAGAAACACCGCUACAAACUCUCCUUCUACGAUUAUCCCAAAAUACUGCGGCCUCUGCUCUACUUUGUCGGCAGGCUGAAGAUAACGACGUUCGACGGUAAACCGCUGCCCCCUACAGCUGUGGGCAGUAUGGUCACGGUGUCGGUGAUGCAGGGGACCGACAGUCCUUGGGGUUGGCCCAAGGACACGGUGGGAGACAUCAAGCCUUGGGACAAUUUAGGUCCUAGAAACAUGCCCCCCCCCACCAUGGGUUCUCCUGAGGUGAUGGAGAUCGCUUUACCUUCAACCGGAAUUGUUAACCUCCACAUCCUGGUCAAGAACGACACCCAAACUCUCACCAUCGACGCCUCCUUUGGCGACAGCCAUCGAACCCUGCAGCUGUACAGGAGCUACACCUCGGCCUCCAACUCCUACCUGCAGAUCCACCAGGCUGAGCUGUCUCCACAGGUGGGGUCUCCCUUCAGGCUCCAAGUGUCCAAGACCUUUCCAGAAGACAACUGUCACUUUGUGGUCAGGUCCAGAGGUCAGGUGGUUUCUGCAGGGACCAGCUCCAGUGUGUUGGACCUGCUUCCAGAACAUUCCUGGGCUCCCGAGGCCUGUGUCAUUGUCUUCUGUGUCCUUCCCAGCGGAGAAAUCGUCACGGACAAAAUCACACUGGAGCUCAGGCAGCUGCUGAAGAACCAGGUGUCUCUGAGCUUCAGCACCAACACCACCAGUCCAGGAGAACCUGUGACCCUCACAGUGAAGGUGAUGGAGCCCGGCUCCCUGGUGGGCCUCCUAGUGGUAGACCAGAGUUCUGCCUGGAUGGGAUCAAAUAAUGACAUCACCAAGGAGAAGGUGAUGGAGGAGUUGGAGAGCUACGACGCCCCCGAGGACUACUCUGAGAACUACAUGUUGACCAGGGGAGACCCCUACUCCGUCUUUACGAGCUGUGAACUGGAGGUUCUGACUGACGCCAGUUUCCACGGGCAGGACUUCAGACACAGAAUUGAGUUUGAACACCAAAACAUGGACCUCCUGACCUCCACGCCACCUGAACUGGAACCACGAGUGCGUCGGAACUUUCCAGAGACCUGGAUAUGGAUGGACCUCCACCUGGGAGAUUCCGACACACGACAGAUACCUGUGGAGGCUCCAGACACCAUCACCACCUGGGUCGCCACGGCCUUCGUCAUGUCCCAGAGCCUGGGUCUGGGCAUCAUCAGAGAACCUGUGGAGCUCACAGUGUUCCAGGAUUUCUUCCUGUCCCUUAAUCUGCCGGCCUACCUGAUCCGAGGAGAGGAGGUGGUUCUGGAGGUGGUUCUGUACAACUACCUCCCUCAGGACCUGCAGGUGAAGGUGAUCGUCGCGGCCAACCACGCCUUCCACUUCGUCCUCCACAACGAUGACGCCCUCCCCUCGCACUCUGUCCACCUAGUGUCCGUGGGGGGCCAGGACGGGGCCUUGGUCCUGGUUCCUAUCAAACCCGUGGUCCUGGGUGAGGUGGUCAUCUCUGUGUCCGCCAGGUCCACCGUGGCGGCAGACGCCGUGACCAGGAAGCCUGAGGGACUGGAGCAGAGCUUCUCCACCUCCAUGCUCUUUGAGGUCUUCCCGUACCAGCCCACCGUCUCCAAAAAUGUGCAGUUCAUUUUCCCACCAGAUGUUGUGGAGGGGAGCCAGAGAGUGACAGUGACGGCUGUAGGCGACAUCUUGGGUCCAUCCAUCAACGGCCUGGAGUCUUUGAUCAAACUGCCGUACGGAUGUGGAGAACAGAACAUGAUCAACUUUGCUCCGAACAUUUACGUCCUACAGUAUCUGGAGGUCACAGGUCAAACCACCACAGACAUCAGGAGGAGAGCAAUACAGUCAAUGAACAGUGGUGAGGAAGAUGAGGAUGAAGAUGAAGAUGAUGAUGAUGAUGAUGAUGAAGAUGAUGGUGAAGGGAACACUGGUCCACUGUUGCCUCCUGUGGUCAGUUUGUGCCACUGAGGUUAAUGUGAACUCAGUGAUGGAGGUAACAGUGACC